CCGAACCUCUGUUCUCGCGAGAACUUUAUGCAUUUGCUGCGGCGCUGGAUGGCGCUGGUGGAAAUUUGGGAGAUCUCGUCCAGGUUCAGCUGAGCUCGGACAGGACGCGAGUCUGACUGCAUCUGUGCGCAGAUAGAAAGGCCAUCUGGGUUAAGAAAGAAUCUUCUGGUCGGGUGUUUCAGAGUUGAAGAGCUGGAGGUGUACAGCAGCGUCAAGGACAUCAUCUUGGUUGCAGCCCAUAUCAAAUCUACACAUACUCACACACACAUAGAAACAAACACACAGCAACAGGCACGCAGCUGGUUAUAACCAGGCCACUCGUUGCAUUUGACUCCGCUUUGUGGUCUCAGGUGCGAGGAGCUAUUUAGUCACGACAGACAGACAUUAGUGAGAUUCAUUUGGCCCUCCUGGGAGAAAACAUCACUUUUUUGUUUACACCUGUUACCACAUCUGAGAUUUUAUCGCUUCAUUAUAUAUAAGAUUUAGUUUUUAAAUACUUGCCAAACAGCCCCCCGACCCACAACCACCCACUCCUGACCCACAAUCCCCUUUCUCAUGGGAGUAACAUAGAGGCCAAUUUAGGACAUACACUCUCUGCUCUCACUCCCUAAAUCCACAGACACGCACAAAAGUCAUCUGCACCUUGUUCAGGAUGCCCUCCUCCUCCACCGUGAUUGGCUGGGGAAGGACGCGGCUCUCGUGGUGAUUGGAGGGGGGAGGGAGAGGGGCGGAGCAGGACCCAUGUCGUGGAAGCGGAACUACUUUGCGUCGGGCAGCAGCGGGCUGCGGGGGAUGUACACCCCUCGCACCAUGACCUCUAUCGCUCCCAGCAAAGGCCUGAGCAACGAGCCGGGUCAGAACAGCUGCUUCCUGAACAGCGCACUACAGGUCCUUUGGCAUCUUGACAUCUUCCGCCGAAGCUUCCGGCAACUGAACACCCACAAGUGUAUGGAGGACUCAUGCAUCUUCUGUGCUCUCAAGAGCAUCUUUGCCCAGUUCCAGUACAGCAGUGAAAAGGUGCUCCCGUCCGACGCCCUGCGCAGCGCUCUCGCCAAAACUUUCCAGGACGAACAGCGUUUCCAGCUGGGCAUCAUGGACGACGCGGCCGAGUGUUUCGAGAACCUCCUGAUGAGGAUACACUUUCACAUCUCGGAUGAAACCAAGGAGGACAUUUGCACGGCCAAGCACUGCAUCCCACAUCAGAAAUUUGCCAUGACACUUUUCGAACAGUGUGUUUGUAAUAACUGUGGAGCCACGUCAGAUCCUCUCCCAUUCAUUCAGAUGGUGCACUACAUCUCCACCACCUCUCUGUGUUCCCUCUGCUGCAGUAACCAAGCCGUGCGAAUGCUGGAGUGUAAGGACAAGCCCACGCCCGACAUGUUUGGAGAGCUUCUACGAAAUGCCAGCACCAUGGGCGAUCUGCGAAACUGUCCCAGUAAUUGCGGCGAAAUGCUGCGGAUCAGACGGGUUUUGAUGAACUGCCCGGAGAUCAUCAGCAUCGGCCUGGUGUGGGACUCGGACCACUCUGAUCUGGCUGAAGACGUCAUCCACAGCCUGGGCACGUGCCUGCGGCUGGGUGAUUUGUUCUACCGUGUGACGGAUGAGCGGGCCAAGCAAUCAGAGCUCUACCUUGUGGGCAUGGUGUGCUACUACGGCAAGCAUUACUCCACCUUCUUCUUUCAGACCAAGAUACGCAAGUGGAUGUAUUUUGAUGACGCACAUGUGAAGGAGAUCGGACCUAAAUGGAAAGACGUGGUGUCGCAAUGUAUAAAGGGUCACUACCAGCCGCUCCUGCUGCUGUAUGCUGAUCCCAGAGGGACGCCUGUGUCAUCGCAGGACACGCUGACAACACAGCUAGAUCUGCACCACAGCAGCAAAGCUGGAUACGACAGCGAAGACUCCGGGGAGGUUCUUAAAGAUCAGGCCACUCCCCUUUGUACGCAAAGGCCUUCCUCUUCUGGCCAUUUGCAGGAUUACAAAGAGACAGUAAAUAUGAUUCACAGCAGACCCCUCUCAUCGUCCUCAAGCUCAGGGGUGGGUGGAUCAGAGGCUGGUGCUCAAGCAAGAGACUGGGAGGACGAGAGCACCAGUAGCGAGUCAAAAUCCAGCUCCAGUGGAGGCCGCUAUCGGCCAACCUGGAGACCCAGGAGAGAGGCCCUGAAUAUUGACAGCAUCUUGAGCCGGGAGAGGCAUCGGCCACCUGGCUACGCCACGCUCGGACCCUCCCCGCUGCCGGAAGAUGUGGUAACACCCAAUAAAAAUGAACUGGUUUCAGGGGCUGCUGAAGCGGAUUCAAACGUAGCAGCAAUAGAAGCAAGAAAUUUGACUGAUGGCUCAGGGGGCGUGUCAGAGUUGGGGGUGGAGCAUUUACACAUCCCACCUCCUUUAAGAGGCAUGGAGCAGCAGCCACGGCUGAUUCAAAGAAUGGAGAGUGGCUAUGAAAGCAGUGAGAGAAACAGCAACAGUCCUAUCAGCAUGGACAUGCCCCUCAGUGACAACCCAAACACCAAUUCACACAGGGACAAUGGCAGUAAGAAGCCCGUAACUUCAGGGCCCUCCUGGCGUACAGUGCCCAAGUCCAAAAGUAGCAGUGCCAUCCUGCAAGACCUCAAAUCCCCCAUCUGGAGCAGCACUCCAUUGAAUUUGGGAGAGGGCCGCAGUGAGCUGGAUGAGUUACAGGAAGAAGUUGCCCGCAGGGCACGACAGCAGGAGCUGCAGAAGAAGAAGGAAAAGGAAAGAGAAGCAGCCCAGGGCUUCAACCCCAGACCCAGCAAGUUCAUGGACUUGGAUGAACUUCAGCACCAGGGGAAGGGGGGCAGUUUUGAACACUGCCUGGCAGAGGCUGACUCUCUGUUAGAGCAGUCGCUGCGCCUGGAGCAGGCGGGGGACACCGCUACAGCCCUGGCGCUCUCCCAUCACGCUGUGUCUAAACUAAGAUUUUCCAUGCAUGAGGGCAGUGCUAACACUCAUAGCAGGACAAUGGCUGCUGACGCCAAGCUCCAAAAAUGCAUGAGGAGAGCGCGGGGCCUACAGCAACGCAUGCAACAACAGCAAGAGAACCAGCAGGAGCCCAGCUGCCCACAGGGGCCCUCCAGUGAACAGCCUGGCAAGGUCCAAGUAUUGUUGACAGACAACCAGGAUUCUGUGCUUGGCCCACCCUCUCCUCAACACAUGAAAUCACCUUCCUCUUGUACAAACUUCCCAUCUCAAGCCUCUAGCCGUCCAUCGUUCAGCAACGCCCAACCUCCCCCUUCUCAACCACACCCUCAAGAGCCCAAUGAAGAUGGUGAUUGGUCAACACAGAAUGAAGAAAAAUGGAGUCGUAUGCAAUUGUUAGACGUUCUUCACGUGUCAGGUGUCCGGAUCCAGCCCAUUCGCAAGCACCUGGCCAUAUCUCUUCCCGUUUUGCCCCUUGACUUCUGGGGUACGGUGGGAGAAAACCAAGUAGUUUCCAGCCAGCAGCAUUCUCAAGCUUUGUUCUCUCAAUCUCCAUCCCCAAAUUCUUCUUUGUGGCAGGGCACUGCAGAUGGGCCAGAUCGGAUACCCCAAUCCGACAAAGCCACCAGUUCAUCACCCAUGCCCCCUCAUGUUGAAGAGAAGGGGCAGAUGCCCCGACGUGGCCCCGUAUGGCAGCCACUAUGCACCACUUCCCAGACACGCUCACCUGCCCCGUCUAACUCCGCCACUACACCGACUCCUCCUGUUGCUGCUCGUCAUUGGUCUUCCUGGAGCCUGGAUCGUCCCGACGCUGUCGUUACCCCAUAUGAGACGCCACCUGACCAGAACCAACGGACCCUUUCGCAACAAGUGCAAGGAAGGCAUUUUCCCCCUCACAGCCCCAUGAGCACCAGAAAGAAAAGUGUCCCUAUGCACACCACUUUCCCAAAUGCCCCAGGCAAGGAGCUGGAACCCAAAGAGCUCGAAGACCAGGAACUCUCUGAAUUGGACUCACUCUACCAGGCCAGUCUCCAGGCUGGCCCCAGUCCUGGCCGAGCCCUGCGUGGUACCAGCUCACCUGCUGUUGGGAGACCAGUACCUCCAUCUGCAAGAAAGCUGCUCACUGGAGUAGGACGCUCUCGGACCCCCACGGCUGAGCUUGAGAGAACGGCUUACGGACCACCAGGUGGUUACAGCCCCACUGGGUACAUGAACACGCCCCUGUCGAUGGCAACUCGAGGUCUGCAGUCGGGAGAGGAGGACCAAUACGACGCGGAUCACCUGCGACGCAUUGCCCGCAGCCUGAGCGGAACCGUUAUUGGACGGCGACAGAACCGCCUUGCCGUCACCAGGAGCUUUGUGGCAAUGGUCCGGGAUACUCGACACCCGUUUCCAACCGUGGAUGUUCCAGACCACGCUCAUUACACCAUUGGCUCUGUCAUUCUUGCAGUAGGAAUCACAGGCAUGGUGGGCAACUUCUUGGUCAUGUAUGCCUUCUGCAAGAGUAGGAGCUUGAGGACACCUGCCAACAUGUUUAUCAUUAACCUGGCUGUUACUGACUUUCUGAUGUGUGCCACUCAGACACCAACCUUCUUCACCACCAGUAUGCAUAAGCGAUGGAUCUUUGGGGAGAAAGCCUGUGAAUUAUAUGCAUUCUGCGGUGCUCUGUUUGGUAUCUGCUCAAUGAUCACACUCAUGAUUAUUGCGGUUGAUCGAUACAUUGUGAUUACACGACCGCUGGCGUCCAUCGGCGUCAUGUCACGCAAACGCGCCCUGGUCAUACUCGCUGCCGCGUGGCUGUACUCAAUGGGCUGGAGCUUGCCCCCGUUCUUCGGAUGGAGCGCGUAUGUUCCCGAAGGUCUGCUGACUUCCUGUUCGUGGGACUACAUGACCUUCAGUCCUUCUGUUCGCGCCUACACAAUGCUGCUCUUCAUCUUUGUGUUCUUCAUUCCCCUUUUUGUCAUCAUGUACUGCUACAUCUUCAUCUUCCGGGCCAUUCGUAAUACCAACAGAGCUGUAGGAAAAAUCAAUGGAGAAGGAGGGCACAAAGACUCCAUCAAGAAGUUCAAUCGGAUGAAAAAUGAAUGGAAAAUGGCAAAAAUAGCGUUGAUAGUGAUCCUACUGUAUGUCAUCUCCUGGUCUCCUUACUCCUGUGUGGCUCUUACAGCUUUUGCUGGCUACGCUGACAUGCUCACGCCGUACAUGAACUCUGUACCUGCCGUGAUCGCCAAGGCAUCUGCCAUCCACAACCCUAUAAUCUACGCCAUCACUCACCCAAAAUACAGGUCUGCAAUCGCAAAAUACAUACCAUGUCUGGGAGUACUGCUGUGCGUGCCACGUAAAGACCAGUUCAGCAGCAGUAGCUUUAUGUCAACACGACAAUCCACCGUGACCAGCCACACAUCCGAGACCAGCAGCAACCUACACCGUGCUGGAAAAACACGCUUGUCCUCAGUGUCCGACAGUGAGUCGGGCUGGACAGAUACGGAGGUGGACCUCUCCAGCGCAAGUUCCCGUCCUGCUAGUCGUCAGGUGUCAUGCGAGUUACGUAAAGACUUGACGGACAUUAAGCACACCAGCUCUCUGAGGCUAAAGAUCAAGAGCAGAGACUCGGGUAUCUUCGACAGAACCUCAGCCCAGAGCCUAAUUGAGCCGGGCCUAAACCGGACAUGUGCCUACAUCAGCACCCUGAAUGACAGAGAUGAGAUCUCAGAGUCUGAAGUCAGCCUAUCCAGCUGUCUGUUGUCCUCUCCAAGUUUGGUCUCAGAGAAAGCCGAGCAGAACAGACUUUCGUCCCUAAUACCUUCGAUCGUCGUCACAUCAGAAUCCAGUCCCGCUCUUUUCUCUGCAGGGCGUAUCGGCUGUUCCUCCAGUCAACAGACAGGUGGUUUGGUGGAGUCAGAAACUGUCACUGUGCAUCCUCCUGGGAUUGACUGAACAUGGGCUAUAUUACUACUGACUUUACUGCCGUAUACUUCAGGACACUUUCUCAACAGAUUUUUGGUUAUCUGACUUUACAAUCCUUUUUCCCUAUUAUUCUUUAUACAGGGCUUUAAAAUAGCACCCGCUAUGUUGUUUUAUUGUUCAAGAUUUGGCUGGGCUGAGGUGAAAAUAUAGGCCAUGGGGUGAAUAGGGUCUAUAGUUUUACAAGAAAGCUGGGUGAGGACCCCACCUUUCAGUGGUAGGUAAAUCCCCCCUCUCAGGGAUGAAAUGACCCUAAAGCCGGGAGUAUAGUCUGUUGUUUUACUUGUACGCGAACAUUUGACACGUACGUGUACACAGACGGCACCAGCCUGUUCUCUUGUAGGCGCAUGUGCAACCUAAGUGUAAAAAGUAUAUGGCUUUUUAAAUAUCCAGUGGUGCGCAUACAGUACGAUAAUUGCGUCACGCGCACUGUACACAGACCAUCGCGUACGCGUAAAAGAUGGACCAUACUUUGGCCUUGCCACCUAGAAGAAUCUGUACAUGUGAGCCUUUGACAGUGUCUCCGUUGUGGAGUUUGUCUUGCUCUUAAGAUUUAUUAACAUUAAUUUAUAUGUAUGAGCAGUUUCAUGCACAAGAUCAAAAACAACUAUAUGACCUGAAGUUGCACUCAGCUCAGUAGAGAUCUGAUCUGAGUACAGUAUGAAAUGUUAGAGCCCUGUGUACAGGUAUAAUCUUAACUGUUAAAUGCUCACUAAGUAGAUGUGUAAUUUUAAGCAGUUUUCAAAAUAUUCGACCUGAGGUCGGGCAAACAGAUACCUCCAUCCCAAACUAAUGCCGCUGGUUAAGCCAUUGUUCAGUCCUUCCAGAAAAACGUGAGUUUUUUUGUGAAUGUUGCGGGCAAAAAUUCUUGAUCUUGCGGCACGUUUUCUUAAAAAAUGGCAAUUUUUUUAACUUUCUGCUAAGAUAUAUGUGAUUUUUGCUACGAAAAUGCGUGGAUUAUGAAAUCAUGCAAGCCCCGCAUAUUUUGCGAGCAGAAAUUAGCAAUUUAUGCGGCAAUAUUUUGCGAUCAGAAAUUUGCAAUUUAUGUGGCGAAAGUGCUGCGUAUUUAAAAAAUGCGGCCCCUGCAUAAAUAUGCGAACUUUGGCUGAUUAUGCAUUGAAUCAUGCGAUCGCAUAAUGGCGUUUUUCUGGAGGGACUGAUUGUUGCUGAUUGGGAUGCCAAACAAUGUUAAGAUGUGCCGCAAAUCCACUGUUUACAUUUUAUCAGGGGAGUCAACUUGCAUUUAGUUUUCUCUGCAAUUUCAGCUAAAAUAGGAAAAAGUAAGAAGAAAGUAUAUACCUCACCUUUAAAUUAUAGAAGUGUUGCCACCAACGUCCUCAUGACAAAUCAAGCAUGUUAAAGGCGGGGUGCAUGAUUUUUAAAAAACACUUUGGAGAGUCGGGCCGAGUACCAAAACACACUUGUAGCCAAUCAGCCUUCGUUGCCUGGGUUGCAUAUCUGUGUGGGUCUAUCAAAAGAAGGUCCAGAUUCUAUUGGGGUAGGGGUGUGUUUGUUUAGGUGAUUUCAAAUAUCAACAUUGGCUUUCAAAGAUCAUGCACCCCGCCUUUAACAUUCAAGACAUUUUCCUGAUGUUACGAAAUCUGUCUCAUUUUGUUUAUUCUAUUUUUUAACACUAGAUGGUUAACACGCAUAUAAAAAUAUAUACAUUUGAAUGUUGGAAGUAUUAUUGGAAGUAUGUUCAAUAGGUGAUAUUUACUAUAUAAUUCAUUUAAUUUUAUGACGCUCCUCUACACUCUCUUUACCCAAAAGUUGUCAACGGGGCGGUACCUAUUAAAAAGGUCCUAAUUUUGGUACAGAUAUGUUUCUUUGGGUUAUCAUCAGUGUUGGGGAAAGUUACUUUUAAAAGUUAUGCAUUACUUUUCAUGGAAAGUAAUGCUUACGUUACUUUUAAGCUACUUUUGCGUUACUUUUUCUUACUUGGCUGAGACUUGAUCUCUUUAAGGCCUUGCAGGUGUUUUUAUGACUGAAAAGUUCUGCUUUCGGAAAUUGCAUAUUUUCAUCGCAAAAAUGUCCUGCUCUGGCCUGCCAUCUUCGUUUCUGACUCAAACUGUUCCUGCUCAGGCGCGCACACUUCUACGUUACUACGUUCAGUGUAAUUCAGUACAUUGUUUUUUUAAAUCAAAUUUAUUAAACUAAAAAAGUAACUUGCAUUAUUUUUUUUUAAAGUAACUUAAAUAUUAAUUUGUACAUUUAGAAAGUAAUGCGUUGCUUUACUCGUUACUUUAGAAAAGUAAUAUUAUUACGUAAUCAAGUUACUUGUAAUGCGUUACUCCCAACACUGGUUAUCAAUAUGUACAUCUACAUCAGUGCUUCUCACCGUCACUUAAAGACAUUACACCCCAAACACGCUGAUAAGCCGCUUGAGUUUUUUAUUAUUAUUUAUUGAUUAUAUUUAAUUUAAUUUUUCAGUAUCAAAUGGUCAAAAAAUAUACUGUAAAUAAGGAUUGAUUUUUUUAUUUCAGGCAAAU